AGACCAUAACAAAACCUAAAACCCUUUCUCUCUCACACAUUUCCAAACCCCUAAACCCUAUUCUCUCCUCAAUGGGAAGCAACCAAGCCGCCAUUUCCUUCCUCACCAACGUCGCCCGCGCGGCCUUCGGCCUUGGCGCGGCGGCCACCGCCCUCUCCUCCUCCCUCUACACCGUGGACGGCGGGCAGCGCGCCGUCCUCUUCGACCGGUUCCGCGGCAUCCUGGACUCCACCGUCGGCGAGGGGACUCACUUCCUGGUCCCAUGGGUCCAGAAACCCUACAUCUUCGACAUCCGCACUCGCCCCCACACAUUCUCCUCGGUCUCCGGCACAAAGGAUCUUCAAAUGGUUAACCUAACCCUCCGCGUCCUCUCCCGCCCCGACACCGAGAAGCUCCCCACCAUCGUCCAGAACCUCGGCCUCGAAUACGACGAGAAAGUCCUCCCGUCGAUCGGCAAUGAGGUUCUGAAAGCCGUCGUGGCGCAAUUCAACGCCGAUCAGCUCCUCACGGACCGCUCACAGGUCUCCGCCCUCGUCCGCGAGAGCUUGAUCCGUCGCGCCAGAGACUUCAAUAUCGUUCUUGAUGAUGUGGCGAUCACUCACCUCUCCUACGGCGGGGAAUUCUCCCGCGCCGUGGAGCAGAAGCAGGUGGCGCAGCAGGAGGCCGAGAGGUCCAAGUUUGUUGUGAUGAAGGCCGAGCAGGAGCGGAGGGCCGCCAUUAUUAGGGCCGAGGGUGAGAGUGAUGCGGCCAAGCUGAUCUCGGACGCCACGGCCUCCGCCGGGAUGGGGCUCAUCGAGCUCCGGAGGAUCGAGGCGUCCAGGGAGGUUGCGGCUACGCUCGCCAAGUCGCCUAAUGUUUCGUACUUGCCCGGUGGACAGAACUUGCUCAUGGCUCUCGGUCCUUCCCGCUGAUCUUUGUGGCCAUGGGCUCAAUGAUGCGGUGUCACGACAUGCUUGGAUCUUGUCUUUAGUUUUUCUGUUGUUGGAAGUAAUUUUCUUGUGCUUUUACUUGUAGACUCUCUCAUUUGGAGCAUAAUUCAUAAUGAUUUUAGGAAGGUAAAAAGUUAGAAAUAAAUUUGGACCUUCGUUUUUUCAUGAUUAAAGGGUCUGUUUAGUUGCAGAGUAAUAACUAUAUUCAAAGUAUAUAAGGUUGAGAGAGGAACUUGAAUACUUGAUUGUGGUUAAUGUUGGUUCUUUGACCUUAUCAUCAAUUUACCCAAAGUAUUUCAAUACAUUCAGUGCCUUUGGUUCU